AUGCGCGCCUACGCCCUCCUUGUCCUGGCGCCAGUGGCAGCACUGGCCGCGACGCCGCGCUCCCGCUCCGUUACCGCCAAGAACUUCGGCCAGAGCAAGCUGAUCAACGCGCUGUCGACGUGCUUCUCGGGCUACGAAGUCUGCGAGAGCAGCUGCAUGCCCGAGGGCGACGUUUGCUGCAACGACAACACGGACGAGUACUGCAUGGCUGGGUACGCCUGCGUGCCCGGCGCCUGCUGCCAGGAGGGCGAGACGUGCGACAACACGUACACCGGCGACGAUGACGGCGAUGAUGAUGACGAUGACGACUCGGACUAUGGGAAUGACGACUCCGGCUACGGGAGCUACUACGGCAGCUGCGGCGACGACGAGUUCGAGUGCGGCGACCUGUGCAUGCCGCUCGACGGCACGUGCUGCUCCGACGAGCUGCACUACUGUCCCAACUACGGCACUUGCACCUCCGACGGCUACUGCUGCGAUCUGGGCGAUGACUGCGGCUACGGCAGCUCUUACACGUCGUUUUCGUGGGACGAUGCGUCGUCCUCUACCGCCACGUCUGACAGCUUCCCCUGGGACGAUGCCUCGUCCUCUACCGCCACAUCCGACAGCUUCAUGACCGAGAGCUCGAGUGCCACUGCCACCGCCACUACCACAGACGACAGCGUCUUCCCCACCCACGACGCCAGCGAGUCUUCGUCGACGGACGAGACCACGUCCUCGGCUACGAAGGCGGCGACCGCGGUCACUACCACUGUCGCGCCCACAGCCACACCCACGCAGAACCUGGCGAUGGGUCAUUACGUCGGCGACAGCCGGUUCGCCGCCGGUGUUGCCGUCGCUGCAGUUUUGUUGAUCUAA